CGACCGGACGCGGUUAAACGAGGACGUGUUGUGUGUUAAGUUAACACAAGUGUGUUAAGUGAAGUGGCUGUUGUAGUUAUCUAGUUGAAUAGAUAGUUUUAAAUAAUCCUUUCUAACUGGUCCAUCCACAUAAAAUAACAUUUAAAACAAGUAGUGUACAGACUAAAGAGGUGUGUGAAAGAAAUCGUGUAAACAGUGCCAAAGUAAACCAAAUAAGUGUGUUGGGGGUGAGGGGUGAGGGUGGCUCCAUGACGUCACGAUGCAGAGGCAGUUAAGCAAUGUCAGUGUGCACUCCUACCAGGAUUACCAGCCGACCAGGAGAUUUGGGGCGCAGUAUGAGCCGGGCGGGUACGCGGCCGCGGUGCAGCAGCGCAGCAACAUGACACAGCGCGAGGACGCCCUCAAGUUCGAGCAGGGCCGCAUUAAGGCGCUGCAAGAAGAGCGCUUGCAUAUACAGAAGAAAACAUUCACGAAAUGGGUCAAUUCAUUUCUACAAAAGGCGCGGAUGGAGGUGGAGGACUUGUUCGUGGACCUUGGCGAUGGUCGGCGGCUGCUGAAGCUGCUGGAAAUCAUCAGCGGGGAGCGACUGCCGCGCCCCAACUCGGGUCGCAUGCGUGUCCACAAGAUAGAAAACGUCAACAAGAGUUUGGGCUUCCUACAUACUAAGGUUCGUUUGGAAUCAAUCGGUGCGGAGGACAUCGUGGACGGCAACCCUCGUCUGAUCCUCGGCCUCAUCUGGACCAUCAUCCUGCGUUUCCAGAUCCAAGAGAUUGAAAUUGACGUAGAUGAAGAGAACGAGUCAUCAGAAAAGAAAUCAGCUAAGGAUGCUCUCCUGCUGUGGUGUCAGCGCAAGACGAGCGGCUACCAUGGAGUACAUAUACACAACUUCACAGACUCCUGGAGAUCAGGACUUGGCUUCAAUGCACUCAUACAUGCACACAGACCGGACUUGUUCCGUUGGGCGGAGUUGCCGCAAACUGACCACGUGGAGACUCUCAACCACGCCUUUGAUGUCGCACACAAACAUCUUGGUAUACCACGACUGUUGGAUGCUGAGGAUGUGGACACAAGCCGUCCUGAUGAGAAGUCGGUGAUGACGUAUGUCGCCAGCUACUACCACACCUUCGCACGGAUGAAGAACGAGCAGAAGAGCGGACGCAGAAUCGCCAAUAUAAUAGGGCAGAUGAUGGACUGCGACAGCCGCAAGGGCGAGUACGGGCGGCUGAUGAGCGCGCUGCUGGAGUGGAUCCGGCUGAAGAUCCUGGAGCUGAACGGCCGCGAGCUGCCCAACUCGCUGGACGGCAUCCAGCGGCUGCUGCUCGCCUUCAAGCAGUACCGCACCGUGGAGAAACCGCCCAAAUACAAGGAGCGGUCGGAGGUGGAAGCGCUGUACUUCCACAUCAACACGAUGCAGAAGAGCCUGGUGGGGGAGGCGUGGGCUCCCAACGAGGGACAUCUGCCCCAGGACCUGGAGCGUGCCUGGCAGAACCUGGAACAGGCGGAGCACGCACGCGAGCUGGCGCUGAGGACGGAGCUGCUGCGUCAGCAGCGACUGGAACAACUCAACUACAAGUUCAAUACGAAGUCUGUGCUGCGCAAGGGGUACCUGAAGGAGAUGAUCCAGGUGUUAUCAGACCCUCGCUAUGGCUCCAACCUGGCUCAGGUCGAUGCCACCGUCAAGAAACACGAAGCCAUCUCCGCUGAUAUACUCGCCAGGACGGAGCGCUUCGAGGACCUGUCCGCGAUGGCAGGCGAGCUGGUGCGAGAACAGUACCACGGCGCGGAGGCAGUAUCCCGCACCGAGCAGGCAGUGCUGGCACGCUGUGCUAACAUGUUAAAGCGGACACUACCACUAAGAAUGGCAUUAAUUUGUCUGUGUGUUAGUAUUGCCGCACGUAGGGCUGCCGUGGUGCAGCGACGUGACAACGUGCGACAGGCUGCGGCCGAGCGACGCCGCGCUCUGCUCGCUAGUCUCGCACAUCAACAGUUUGUGGCCGCUGCAGAUGAGCUACAAACUUGGAUAUUAGACAAGACAAGAACUGCUAAGGACCAAAGCUACAGAGACCUGGCGAACUUGGAACGUAAGCUACAAAAGCACGAAGCCUUCGAGCGAGAGUUACAAGCCAACGAGAAACAGCUCAGAAAUGUAGAAAGUAUCGGUCAGUCGCUGCAGAAGUCGGACCCGGCGCGUGCUGAGGAGGUGUCGGAGCGGCUGCGGGAGCUGCAGACCGCGUGGGAGGAGCUGGUGGCUGCUUCCAGAGACAAGGGCAGCAAGCUGCGGCAGGCGGCGCAGCAGCGCCAGCACAGAAGAGCUGUGGAAGACGCUAAAGCAAGACUGGUAGACUUGGAGCGUGCAUUGAAGAGUGAAGAAAUCGGCACCGACCUCAGGAGCUGCAAGCGGCUGCUCAACCAACAUCAGGCGGUGGAGCAGGAGCUGUGUCAGUGGGAGGCGCGCGCGGCGGCGCUGGCGGCGCAGGGCGCGGACCUGGUGUCGGGCGGGCACUUCGACGGCGCCGCCAUCGAGCGGGACAGCGGCGCGCUGCUCGCCGCGCUGCACAGCCUGCGCCCGCGGGCCGCCGCGCGCCGCGCCGCGCUCGACACCAGCAUGAGGUAUCUACCACUUCUCUGUAUUUACACAUACAAAAACAUUGAAAAAACUUCAUUUGUCGUUUACAAUCCAUAA